UGAUAAUUCGAAUUAUGGAGAGCACAAAACAACCACAAAUAAGACAGGAUUGUUUGCUAUGGAAUGCACUAAGCGUUCUGUAUUGAAACAGACGUAUUACAGGUGUAUCCUUGUUGAAGUCAGAAAAGCACAUACAUUCUGAAAAAUGUCAGACAAAAAAGAAUUUAAAGAGGACAAAAAGUAUAUGAGAUUUGGAGAAUUGAACAAGUACAUGCAUAAUGUAGCUAAACCAAAAAGCCAAAAUAAGUCUGAUAUACCUAAAGAACAAGCAAACGAAAAUGAAGAUUAUGAAUGUCAGACAGAAUCAUCGUAUAAACCUGAAAAAUAUGCAAAACAGACCAGAUCUCUACCUCAUACAAACGACAGUAAAUGGUUGUCUCAAAAAUCGCUGAAACGAGGGCCAACUUCUAAAACAUUUUUCUUGUCAGAUGGCGAGAACGAUUCCAAGAAGCUACCACCAUCCGUGAAAUACAAAUAUGAGACUGAAAGUAAAAGAAACAGAGGCAGAGAAUUUGAAACAAAAGAUACAAAAAAGGAUCUUAAACCACCAUCUCAUCCAAAGCAAAACACCAAAUGUUUAACUGUUGAAAACCUUCUAGAAUUAACCAACCAGGAUGCACAAUCUGUAUUACUAACGCUAGGUCAACGUGACAAUGGUUUUCUCCAAAUUUUGAACCAACCAGCACUCUUAGUACCAGAUGUUUGUUUGAUUAUCAAAUUACUUGCAAAGUCUUGUAGUAACCAGACACAAUCAAAAGAAAUAAUUAAACUUCUUGUAGAUGUAGAUACAUCACUGUUUAUGUCCCUGACCAUUCCAUCUGUAUUGGCCAAACUGUCUUCUGAAGUAUCAGACCAAACUGUGCAGACUCUUAUCGAACUUGUUGCAGAUAUACUUGACUUCCUUACUGAGCUGUCGACGCGCAUGCCGCAUGCCAUCAUUCAAAUUUCUGGAGUUCUCUCUUUGGUUGAGACAUCACUCUCAUCUGUUGAGAGAUGUGGAAUGGCUGUCCCGAAUGAGGUAGUUAUGAAAACAAAACAACUAACAAACACAAAAGCAUCAAUUCUCAAAAGAAUGCAAACUGAUAGAUUAAAAGCAAACAAAAAAGUAAAACUUCCUGAUGAUUUCAGAACAAUUUCCAUUAUGCCCACCUAUGAUGAUGUUUUCCCAACUAAGCCACCAUUCAUUCGCAAGAUCAAGGCGACUGGUGGAUAUAGCGAUGUCACUGACUACCUUGAUGUUCAGUUCAGGUUGUUGCAUGAAGAUUUCAUUCAGCCGCUACGACAAGGCAUUAAAGAAUAUUUAAUUGCUGUUGAUAAUCCAAGACAAUAUGUGUCUGUCCGGACAUACAACGAGGUUGUUAUUCUAAAACAAGACUUCAUCAAAGCAAACUUAGUGCACACUCUAACUUUUGACACCAGCAAACUCAAACAUGUUCAGUGGGACUAUUCAAAGCGGCUUAAAUAUGGCACAUUAGUAUGUUUGUCAAGUGAUAACUUUAAAACAUUUUCUGUUGCCACGGUUGAAUCUGAGAAACCUAAAAUGAAUGAACUGGGGACAAAAAAGAAGAAACAGAUAGUCACUGUUGAUAUUUGUAUACAGCAAGUUAUUGGAGAAAGACGAAUAAACAUGACCAAGCCAAUGGUGAUGUUGGAAACGCCUGCAUAUUUUGAAGCAUAUCGGCAUGUCCUUGCAAGUCUUCAAAACAUCAAAGAUGGUCAGCUUCCCUUUGAGGACUACAUUGUCCAUUGUAAAACUGACGUUAAACCACCAGCGUAUCUCAGAGACAAACCAAAUGUCAAAUACAAUUUUGGCCUAGAAACACACAAAUGUAAAAGAGACGAAGAGCGAAAGAUCCAUGAUAGUAGUUUAAAAACUCUCCUUUCCGUUGAAAUAAGAAAUAACAGUGAUGAAAAUGUAGUUUCUCAUCAAAGCAAGAAUGUCAUUGAUGAUGGUGAUUUAAAUCUGGUUUCUGAUGAAACACAAAAUAUUGGAGAUGAUGGUGGGGUAAAUGACCAAACCAAUGACAGUGGUGAUCUAAACAUGGCUUCUGGUUACAAACAUAGAGAUGACUGUGAUGAUGAUAUAAGCAAUGGCAAUUUGUCUAAUAAGGCUGUCUGUGGUAGUGACCAUAGAGAUAGAACGUGUCGCAAUCUCUCACAGUCAGAAGAUCAGAAUGACACCAAAGUGGAUAAAACAGAAACACCUGAAAGGGAGAUUUCUUAUGGCUUUCAUGAACAAUGUACCUCUACGUUAAACGUUUCCAAUUCGCUAGUGAUGGACGAGACUCACGUAACAACAUUUGAACACCCACAAACCAAUGAUCGUUAUAAAACAGUUGAGGAUGUUACAUCUGUUCUGCAACUCGACACUUGGCCACAACCGGAAGAUCUAAACCUAGAUGUCACUCAAUUCAAGGCCUUUCAGCAAGCAUUAACCAAGGAGUUUGUCAUCAUGCAAGGACCUCCGGGAACUGGCAAAACGUAUGUUGGACUCAAGAUUGUGGAAACGUUGUUGAGUAAUGCUGCAGUUUGGCAGUCUGAUCCAAGACCAAUGCUGAUCAUCUGUUACACAAACCAUGCUCUGGAUCAGUUCCUAGAAGGAAUAUUAUCAUUUCACACUGGACAUCUUGUGCGUGUUGGCAGUAAAUGUAAGAAUGAAAAGGUGAAACAAUAUGGCAUUAAAACCAUGCAAGAGAAGUUAGGAAUUCAUACAAUGUAUUCUGACACGUUGCGAGAUGAUUAUGUCAAGUGUCAAAGGUCUCUACUCGAAACCCAAAAAUGUUUGGAAAUGUUGCAUGAUGGAAUUGUUAAGACGAAAUAUUUCAAUCCUUGUAUUAAGAAGUCUCACUACGAUCAACUGACCCAAACUGUUUUUGCGAAUUGGACAUUACUAGUUUGGCUUGAUCUGCUUGUGGCCAUGCAUGUAUCUACAGAGAAGAAACAGUAUGUAUUCAAAGGUGGAACGAAAAUAUUUGAGGAUACGCAAACUCGAUUGCAUGAUCAGUCUACAAAGAAGAAGUCUGAAGAAACAUUUGAGGAAUUAAUGAGCUUCCCUGGUGUAACCAUGGUUCCUUUCAGAAUGAUUCUCAAUGAAAUUUCACCAAAACAUAGUCAUUACCUGAAUAACGAAAUACACUCUUCAUCAAUGAUGACAGAAGAGGAAGCAAUGUCUGUUAAAGAUAUUUGGUCCUUGCAGAAUUACAAACGCUGGCGCCUGUAUAGAUUUUGGGUCCAUGGACUGGAAGAACAUCUAGAAAAUGAAUUCACUAAAAUGCAGGAACAGUGUGUUGAUAUAGGUGAACAGUACAGAGUUGCAAAAUUGGAGACACACAAGGCUGUAAUGAAAAGAUGCUCAGUCAUUGGUAUGACCACAACUGCUGCAGCACGCUACCAAAAGGUUUUAUCAGAAAUAAAACCAAGAAUUAUUGUCAUAGAAGAAGCAGCAGAGAUUCUGGAAGGUCACGUGAUAGCAUCUCUGAGCUCAGAGUGUCAGCAUUUGAUACUGAUAGGUGACCAUCAGCAGCUGCGACCAAGCACCAAUGUCUACACACUUGCCAAGCGGUACAACUUGGAGUUAUCGUUGUUUGAGAGAAUGGUGAAGAAUGGUCUGCAAUGUAUUUGUCUUGAAAAGCAACACAGAAUGCGUCCUUCUAUUUCAAGAAUCGUGAAGCACAUCUAUCCUGAUCUCAGAGAUGAUGCAUCAGUUCAGGAUUACCCCAACAUCAUGGGUGUCUUUAGCAAUGUAUUCUUCAUCAGCCAUUCUGAACCCGAGGAGAAAAACGAGGAAUUGAUUAGUCACUUGAACAUCUAUGAGGCAAAAUACGUCAUCGCUCUGUGCCUAUACCUGAUCAAACAAGGAUAUUCACGAAGCAGGAUAACAGUUCUAACAACAUACUCUGCUCAAGUGGCUUAUUUGAAACGCAACAUGGCAAAGGAAACAUUUCAAGGUGUGAUGGUUACAGAUGUUGACAAUUACCAAGGUGAGGAAAAUGAUAUUAUUUUAUUGUCUUUGGUGCGCAGCAACCUGGAAGGAAAUGUUGGAUUUCUGAAGAUUGACAACAGAGUGUGUGUGGCACUUUCACGUGCCAAACACGGUCUUUACGUGAUUGGCAAUUUUGAAAUUUUGAGUAAGCAAAGUGACUUGUGGAAGAACAUUAUUGAUGAUAUGAAAUCUGCGAGUCAGGUUGGGAAUGCUCUUGGUCUCUAUUGCCAGAACCAUCCAUCUGAAACAGGAAUAAAGGCUUCAAAAGCAGGAGACUUCUCAUUGGCUCCUGAAGGUGGCUGCAUGAAGCGAUGUCUGUUCAGACUGGAUUGUGGACACGUUUGUGCGAGUCGAUGUCACCCUGUUGAUCCAAAUCAUCUGCAGUACAAGUGUCAAAAGCCUUGUGAGAAAAUAUUAUGUGAUCUUCAACACCAGUGUCCAGACUUGUGCUAUGAAGAUUGUCAAAAAUGUGUAGUUCUGGUAACAAAGGUGAUUCCUUCCUGUCAACACGAGCAAGAAAUGCUAUGUUCUAUCAAUCCAGUUGAUUACAAGUGUCAAGAGCGAUGUGAAAAAAUAUUAUGCGAUCUCCAACACCAGUGUCCAAAGUUGUGCUUUGAAGAUUGUCCGAAAUGUGUAGUUCUGGUAAAAAAGGUGAUUCCUUCGUGUCAACAUGAGCAAGAAAUGCCAUGUUCCAUCAAUCCAGUCAAUUACAAUUGUCAAGAGCCAUGUGAAAAAAUAUUAUGUGAUCUCCAACACCAGUGUCCAAAGUUGUGCUUUGAAGAUUGUCCGAAAUGUGUAGUUCAUGUAAAAAAGGUGAUUCCUUCCUGUCAACAUGAGCAAGAAAUGCCAUGUUCCAUCAAUCCAGUUGAUUACAAUUGUCAAGAGCGAUGUGAAAAAAUAUUAUGUGAUCUCCAACACCAGUGUCCAGACUUGUGCUAUGAAAAGUGUAAAGAGUGUGCUGUUGUUGCAAAGAAAACCAUACCAUCUUGUCAACAUGAGCAAGACGUUCCAUGUUCUGUUGACUUAAAACAUUUUCAGUGUAUGUAUCCUGUUAUGCACAAACACAAAUGCGGUCAUGAGACUGAAGUGCCUUGUUCCAUGAAGGAAACAGUGCCGUGUGUUGCUCAGUGCAAUGCUAUCUUGAUGUGUGGUCACACGUGUAAAGGUCUGUGUCAGGAAUGUCUUCAAGGUCGUUUACAUGUUGCGUGCACUGAGCCAUGUGACAAGGUUCUGAUCUGUGGGCACACAUGCCGAAGUGUAUGUUCCAGUUGCCCCCCUUGUGAACUACCAUGUGAAAACAGAUGUGUCCAUGGCACCUGUAACAGGAGAUGUGGUGAGCACUGUAUACCAUGCAAAGAACCAUGCCAGUGGAGAUGUAACAACAGAAAGUGUAAUAAGAAAUGCAUUAAUAUUUGCAGUGAUGUAUGUAGCCGAAUAGGUUGUAAUAACAUAUGUCCACGCAAGUUGAAAUGUGGUCACAGGUGCAUUGGUUUAUGUGGUGAGAAAUGCCCUGCUUUGUGUAAAGUGUGUAAUAAAGAUGAAGUCAGCAAAUGUCGGUAUGAUAUGAGAAAUAAACUGCAUAUACCGUUUGUGGAGCUCGACGACUGUGGACAUAUUGUGGAGGUGGUGACUCUUGAUAAGAUUAUGGAAGAUAGAGAGCGUUCUAACAAAAUUCAGCUGAAAUGGUGUCCUUGGUGCAAAACCUGUAUCAGACACAGUCUGCGAUAUGGAGAGUCAGUCAAGAAGACUAUACAAGAUAUUCAUAUAAUCAAGACACAGAUGAUAAGAGAGAAAUUAAAAAUGUAUAAAUACAUCCCAGAAAGAGAAAUGAAUAGUGGUGCUGUUGCUACAUUAGAAGGUCGUGUUGCAUGUCAAAGACAGGCAAGUAUUAUGCAAAGUAUUCGACAGAUCGAAAGAAAUAUAUUUGUAUUUUGUUCAAGUGAAAAACGUCAGCAAUUUGUACAGGAACUCAAAGACUUUAGGAACUGGAUCUCAAAAACAAGAGUAGUUUUUAGUCAACAGGAAGACUUUGAUGCACAAAACGAACUGAAAAGACUAAAUCUGAUUAUUAAUGUACAAAAGUAUGAGCUAUCAAUAAAGACUAAAUUUAAUUUUACAUUUAGCAGAAGGUCAAUACAUACCAAGAUUUCUGAUGAACUUACAGAAAAACUUGAACUUGCAAAGCAGUAUAUUUGGGAUGGAAACCCAUAUACUCCAGAUCGUCAGCAGAAAGUUGCAGCUGUCAGCAAGGAACUAGCCUCUAUUGUUAGUGCAUCACAUGAGAUGAAGGAAGAUGAAGUGUCAGUGACAGCCAUGAAGUUCAGUGUAGAUCAUUGGCUUAAAUGCAAACAAGGUCAUGUAUUUUAUGUUGAUGUUGCUGGUGCUGAUGUGCCUUGUCCUAAAUGCUCUGCCAAAUUAAGAUCACCUCCUAGUACUGUGGUAGAAUCCACAAAGAAAACAGAGGUUGAUGCUACACGUAGUAAUCAGCGUGAUGGUACACGGAAUAAUCAGCGUGAUGGUACACAUAAUCAUCAGCGUGAUAGUACACGUAAUCACCAGCGCGAUGGUACACGGAAUGAUGGUAUACGGAAUAAUCAGCGUGAUGGUACACGGGAUAAUCAGCGUGAUGGUACACGUAAUCACCAGCGUGAUGGUACACGUAAUCACCAGCGUGCUGGUACAUGGAAUAAUCAGCGUGAUGGUACACGGAAUCAUCAGCGUGAUGGUACACGUAAUCACCAGCGUGAUGGUACACGGAAUAAUCAGCGUGAUGGUACACAUAAUCACCAGCGUGAUAGUACACGUAAUCACCAGCGUGAUGGUACACGGAAUGAUGGUAUACGGAAUCAUCAGCGAGAUGGUACACGGAAUAAUCAGCGUGAUGGUACACGGAAUACUCAGCGUGAUGGUACACGGAAUAAUCAGCGUGAUGGUACACAUAAUCAUCAGCCUGAUGGUACACGUAAUCAUCAGCUUGAUGGUACACGGAAUAAUCAGCGUGAUGGUACACGGAAUAAUCAGCGUGAUGGUACAUGUAAUUAUCAGCGUGAUGGUACACGGAAUAAUCAGCGUGAUGGUACAUGGAAUAAUCAGCGUGAUGGUACAUGUAAUAAUCAGCGUGAUGGUACACAAACUAGUGAGGUCGAUGGUAUGCAAAGGACUGAAGAGGUGACGUUCCCUAGAAGAACGAGGUUGGCGGUACACAACACACACUUGAGGCAGACUGCACCGAGAAGGACGCCGACGUACAGACACAAAUGAGUAUACCACGGCCUCUGAUGAACCAGCAGUGGAGUACUGGUGAUGUGAAAUGAAUUCAGAAUUUCCCAGACAGUCAUCCAUCCAGCGUUACUUCACACGAGAAGUAGUUUGUGAACCUGGCCCAUGUAUGACCAUAGUUUUCAUUGUCAAUCAAAUGGGUAUACAUUUUAGUUUGUUUAUAAAUAUUUCAUAGAUGACAAACUCGUAGUUGUGUAUUUUAAUAGAUGUUGUGCAUAUGUUGUACAUAAUGUUGAAAUGCUUUGUAUUCUUUGUCUUUGUUGUGUGUAUUAUCUGACUAUUACUAAUUGUACAGACUGUUUUGUAUGUAGUAUCUGACUGGUUGUAUUUAGCAGUAUAACGGACUAUUACUGAUUGUACAGACUGUUUUGUAUGUAGUAUCUGACUGCUUGUAUUUAGCAGUAUAACGGACAUUUACUGAUUGUACAGACUGUUUUGUAUGUAGUAUCUGACUGGGUGUAUUUAGCAGUAUAACGGACUAUUACUGAUUAUGCAGACUGUUUCGUUGGUAAUAUCUGACUGGUUGAAUUUAGAAGUAUAACAGACUAUUUUUAAUUAUACAGACUGUUUUGUGUAGAGUAUUUGACAGGUUGAAUUUAGCAGUAUAACGGAAUAUGUCUAAUUGUAAAGACUGUGUUUGUGUAUAGUAUCCGACUGGCUGUAUGUAUCAGUAUAACAUACUGUUUUGUGUACAGUAACUGACUGGGCUGUAUUUAGUAGUAUAUCGGACUAUUAAUAAUUAUACAUACUGUUUUGUGUGUAGUACGUGACUGGGUAUAUUUAGUAGUAUAUCGGACUAUUAUUAAUUAUACAGACUAUUUUGUGCGUAGUAUCUGACUGGGUGUAUUUAGUAGUAUAUCGGACUAUUAGUAAUUGUGCAGACUGUUUCGAGGGUAUUAUCUCACUGGGUGUAUUUAGCAGUAUAAUGGACUAUUUACUAAUUAUAAACACCACUGUGUGUAGUAGCUGACUGGUUUAAUUUAGCAGUAUAACAGACUAUUACUAAUUGUACAGACUGUUUCGUGGGUAUUAUUUAGCAGUAUAACUAUUUCUAAUUGUAUAGACUGUACAUACCGGUAGCAUGUGUUACAGGAUACUACUAAUUGCACAUUUUCUUGAGUAUACUUUGUGACGUGGAUAUAUUUUGCAGUAUUGCAAAAUAUUACAAAUUGUACAAUGUUUUGUGUGGAGUGUGUACUGAGAAGUAUAACGAAAUAUUAUUAACUGCACAGUUUCGUGUGUAAUGACUAUUUUUAACUGCACAGUGUUGUGUGGAAUGACUAUUAUUAACUGCACAGUGUUGUGUGUAAUGACUAUUAUUAACUGCACAGUUUUGUUUGUAAUGACUAUUAUUAACUGCACAGUUUUGUGUGUAAUGACUAUUAUUAACUGCAGUUUGUUAUACGUAAUGUAUUAGUAGGUUGUAUGUAGCAGUUUGGCAGACUUCUACUAACUACAGACAGGUUUGUGUGUAAUACUAGUAUAAUUAUUAUUUGUUGUACAGAAUGUUUCUGUGUGUAGUAUAGGACUGGAGUGUAUAUAGCAGUAUUACCUGUUUUCAAUGUAAUAUGUGACUGAGGUAUGUUUACCAGUGUAGUGGACUUCUAUAUUCUGUAAACUUGUGUAGACUGAUUUGUAUGUGAUAUGUAUUUACAACUAUAACAGACUAUUACUAACUGUAUUGAGUUGUAACAUGUAUUUAGUAUUAUUACCUUUUAGAUAAAUUGCAUGUGUUUUGAUUGGUCAAUAGCCAAUGCAUACCACAAGUACACCGUCUCAUUUGCGGGAAAAUACAGAAUUUGCCGGGGUGUACGAAAUGUCACAUGACUUGCUCGAUUGGUUGUACGAAAAUACAAACUGCGGAUGAGACCGACGAUUUUUUUUCCAACACGCCUCACUGAUUAAAUUUGUUAAAAGACUUGAAUUCAUUAUGAAUGGGAAUACCACAAUUCGGCAUAUUUUAUAUUUGCUGCUUAUUUGAAGAUUUCUUGAGCACGUUUUGCAAAAAAAAAAAAAUGCUAGAUUGUAAUUGUUCGCGUUUUAAAAUCUAAUGCUAGAAUUUAGCAUUGCGUAAUCAGUUACCGUGGUAGAACUUGGGCUAAUUAUCACGAACAUAUUUUAAGUAAUAACUCGAACAUAUUUUAAGUAAUAACUCGACAUGCUUUUUUACAGGUUCUACAUGUUAGUACAACACGACAAAGAUUUUUGUUCGGCUGCGGGUGUUCAAUUUUGUUUUCCCGAUAUGAUUACAGCAUAAUCGUAAACGUUUCAAAGACGCAAGAUAAUAAGGCGCUACGAGUUGUCUCCCUUUGCAAAACACAAGUCUCGAAAUGGUUUCGGAGUAAAACCACCCGGAAUCCUUGUUGACACUCUUAAUACCCAAAUAGCUAACAAAAUAGCUGUAAAUACCUUGCACAGUAACUAAGUUAUUUGUUUACAAAAAAAAAAAAAUCCAAUAUAUUUUGAGGAAUUUGAUGUUAUGUCACGUUAUUAUUAAACUCUCAAACUCAAAAUGUGUAUGUACUUUAUUUAAAAGUUUGACUGUCAGUGUAAUUUUAGUUUACUUAUAAAAACAAAUCUAAAAGGUAAUAAAUUCGUAAAUUCGUACAACCUGUCAAAAACCCGCGUAACUAACAGUAUAACGGGCUAAUACCGACUGUGACUAAUAACAGUAUUGCAGAAUAGGCCCUAUCACUAUCUGUACAGACUAUUUUAGUAAUGUGUGUGUGUAAUAUGUUACUGGGCUGUUCUUAGCAGUAUAAUAGAUAAUUGCUAACUGUAGACUGUUUUGUUUGUAAUAUGCGUCUACUUUAUGAUUGGCAUUAUUAACAUGCUAUUAUUAGCUGUACAGUCUGUGUCAAAAAUGCGACUGGAUUGUAACAGUAUGUCAUGAUGGACUUAUACUAUAUUUGACUGGUUUGUAUUUAGCAGUAUAGCGGACUGUUACUAACUGUACAGACAGUCUGUGUUAAAUAUGUGGCUACAUUGUAAAGGUAUGAUGGACUUAUACUAUAUUUGACUGGCUUGUUUUUUGUAGCGUAGCGGCCUGUUACCAACUGUACAGUUUUUGGGUCCAUUUACUUUUAUUGAAAUUACUAUAGUCAAAGACCUUCUUAUAUUGUAAGCUACAAACAUUUGGUUUUACUUUCCCUUAUUAAAUUAAAAAUUGAGGUGAUAUAGUGUAUAAUUAUUUCUAUGAUGCAAGCUUGUAUGUAUCAAUUUUUGCUGUACAAAAUUUUGUUUGUGUGAUUUAUUUGAUUUAUUUGAUUCUGUCAACAAAAUGUUGUUUAAUGAAAGCUUCUUUUCAAUUUGAAAAAAAAAAACGAUUGCCCCGCCCCCAGAUUUUUCCUUGAUUAAGUACUCCAAAAAUAAAAUUUAAUUCCCCCUAAGUGACAUCAGUCUGCUACGGGCCUGUUUGCAUUUUAAUGUAUUUUACAUAAUCGACCAUUUCAUAACUAUACGUCUAAUGUAGGCCAUGAAUAUUAAUUUGGUCAUGGUUAUGUAGUUCAUUUAUAAAAUUGUCAUAAUAUUUAUUAUCCAUAAAAAAUCCAAAUUUAAGAAUAAUAAUUUUGUUGCUUCUCCCCCCCCCCCCAAAAAAAAAAAUUAAAAAAUUAAAAAUUAAAUAAUAAUAAUAAUAAUAAUAAUAAUAAUAAUUAUAAUAAUAAAAAGUUACUAAAUUCAAAAGAAACAGGCCUAAAAAAGGAAAUAAUAAUGUAUGUUUUUUAUGAAUGUAACAAAUUGAGUACUUGCCUUAAAAUGCCGUACAAUUAAAUUAGCACCCAGUCCUGUGAAAAUCCUAGCUAGAACACUAAUUUUAUUAUUAUAUACGUUUGCUUGGGUAUCUUACUUUGUAUUUGAGGCAAUCAUAUUAUGUUCUGUUUGUAGUUCUUUGUAAAUUGUAUUGGAUUAUUAAGUGUUGAUUUCGUCGUAGUAAAGUGAUGAGUUGUGUUUAGCAUAACAACAAGUAUCUGUGUGCGUUUAUUUACAAGACGUGACCAUUGUCUGCAUGUAUAUUAAAUAGAUAUUAAAUAGAUAUUACUAUCAUAGGUUUCUAGGUACGUGUAAGGGGCCGUCCAAUAAUUACGAGAUGCGAUACUAAACUUUGUUGGGCAUGGAGGGGUGUUUGUCAAGAGUUGUGUAAUGUUGCUGGAGUUUUAAAUUCUCAUUUUUAUAAAAAAAAUCUUAUUUUAUUUAUUUUGAAAAAAAAUUUAGCCAGUCACUACUAUAUUGUCGGACAAUUUUAUGUUUAGUAUUUAUUACUUAUUUAUUAUUUAAACAAACAGAAAUAGCGGUUGGGGGAGAAAUAGCGGUUGGGGAUACUGACAAGAGUUACGUAAUUUUACAGGCUUAGUUUUAAAAAUCGGGGUAUUAAAAAUGUCACAUAUUGCGUUAGGUAAUUCUUGAACGGUCCCUAAUACAAAUAAUGCCACGUACCCCUUGCACUUGACUCAAAGCCUACUUUACUAACAUAUUUUCCUUUUUGUUUUAGUUAGGGAUAUUCCACAUAACAUUUACUUUUACACGUACUAUGGAAUGACACUUGGUUUGGGGUGACAAAGGAGAUGACUUGGUGUAUUUGUGUAAUGAAAUAACGACACAAAUCACAUACACCUUGGACCGCACAUGGCAGUCCUCCCUAAAACAAACUGUGUAUUAAAAGGAUCUACCCUUAAAAUGUUAGUGUUUGUUGUUGACUCCGAGAAAAAUACUCACCACCAAAGCAAUACACCCUCCCUAAAGAAUACUACAUACAUGUAUCAGAUGGAUGCGCCCUGAAAAUCCAAUCUUUGUGUGAAGAUAUCAUCCCAUUCGCCUAGUAAUGGGGUGGGCUAUACCUACCCCACCACCACCACCACCACCACCACCGACCACUCGGCUCAUAAACUUAUGCAGCCUUCGAAAUUCUUGCGACGGCAGUUUAAUUCAGACAAUAACAAAGUAAUUACCCCAUAAUUAUGAAAAUGCCGUUGAAGAUCAAUUAUGCAACAGUUUUUUUGCGUCAGCACUGCUUGUUGCCGUCUCGAAUUUCGAGGGCUACUAUGUGUAUUUAAUAAUAAAAAAAAUAAAAAUAAUAAUAAUAAAAAAAAAAAAAAAAAAAAAAAAAAAAA